GGCCAUGCAGAGAAGAGGUAGAUAUGGGGAAGAAGAUAGAGAUGAGAGAAGAGAUGUCAUAGGAAGAAAGAAGCCAUGCUAGGUGAAGGUGGGCAUGAGGGGUAUUGGUGGCCAAGGGUGCAGUGGUCCGGAUGUGAGAGACAAAGAUAGAAGGAAGAGCAGGCUCAGGGGAACACUGAAAGGGAGAACAGGAUUUGGGGGUCUCUGACUUGUCCUUGUCUUCCCCACCGCCAGGUACAUGGUGCGGGUCCGAGCCGUGGUGAUGGCCCGAGAUGACUCCAGUGGGGGCUGGCUGCCUGUGGGGGGCGGGGGCCUCAGCCAGGUGAGCGUAUGUCGGGUCCGAGGGGCCAGGCCCGAGGGGGGGGCCCGCCAGGGGCACUACGUCAUCCACGGGGAGCGCCUCCGGGACCAGAAAACCACCUUGGAAUGCACCCUGAGACCGGGCUUGGUUUACAACAAAGUGAACCCCAUCUUCCACCACUGGAGCUUGGGUGACUGCAAGUUUGGGCUGACAUUUCAGAGCCCCGCUGAGGCUGAUGAGUUCCAGAAGAGCCUGCUGGCUGCGCUGGCCACACUGGGCCGAGGCUCCCUCACCCCCUCCUCUUCCUCCUCCUCCUCUCCUUCCCAGGACACUGCAGAGACCCCCUGCCCUCUGACGUCCCACGUGGACAGCGACUCCUCCUCCAGUCACAGCCGUCAGGAGACGCCUCCUACCGCCGCAGCUGCCCCCAUAGUCACUGUGGAGUCCGUCUCUGCCUUCGGGCCGACCACGCCCCCACAGCGCCGCUCCUCGGCUCAGAGCUACCCUCCACUUCUGCCAUUUACGGGGAUUCCGGAGCCCUCAGAUCCUGUGGUCGGGGCAGGAGGCCCAGGCUGGGGUGGCCGCGGCUAUGAGGAUUACCGGCGCUCUGGACCACCUGCUUCCCUCACCCUAUCCACCUGUGUUGUGCGCUUCGCCAAGACUGGCACGUUGAGGGGCGCAGCCCUGGGUCCUCCAGUGUCAUUACCUGCCCCUCUCACAGAGGCUGCGCCCCCAGCUCCCCCAGCUCGCCCACCCCCUGAAUAUUAUUAUUCCUACUUGAGAGCUAAGAUAAAACCGCUGGCUGCACUCUCGCUGGCCGUGCCCUGCCUCUGCUGCUAUGCUCCCCUGCGCGCGUGCCACUGGGUCGCAGCACGUUGUGGCUGCGCUGGCUGUGGGGGUCGCCACGAGGAGGCUGCGCGGUGAGGACCGCCUGGCGGAUCUGGCAGCAGGACCAAGGACCCAGCAUUGAGGGUCCAGGAUCCCAGACUCGGUUUGAACCUAAAACUCAAACCUAGGCAUAUCAGGAACUUGGAGCUUGAGUUUGGACUAAAAGAUCCUGCACACGGAACCUGGGCCCCAAACCUAGGACUGAGUGACCCCAGACCAAGCAUCAUUAGGAUGCCUGUUAAAAGUCCUGAGUUCUGGAUUCUCCAUCCAUCUUCCCCACCAAGGAGAUUCCCCUCUAGACUGGAUCUCAGAGGGCCCCGGGGAAUACACAGGUCCCAGAGAGGAACUGGCACCUCUAACUCUUGACUCUGUCCAAAUGACCAACCCAGACCCCAGCCACACGUGGCACCA